AGAGAACAAGAGAAGGGGUGAGCAUAUAUUCAGAAAGAGAAAAUGAUUUUAUAACAUUUUAGCGUUGAAGUUGAGAAAAAAUGAAGGGGAAUGAAUGAGGUGUGGAUGCCGUGGAAUACUUAAAGCUUUGGCUUAUCAUCCUCUUCCUCUUCUUCCUAACCCUCUUCUCUCUACUGCUCCGAAUACUUUUUUGGCGCCGCCACUUCCUUCUUUGUCUCCCUUUUUCACUCUCACUCGGAUUCUUUCUUCUUCUUCUUCAUCGUUUGCUAUGCCGGGGGUCGAAUCGCAGGGGUUGGAAUGGCCGGCGAAGCGAGUCAGGGACACCUUCUUUAAGUUUUUCGAGGAGAAGGAUCAUCGAAACUGGAGGUCUAGCCCUGUUGUUCCUGUCAAUGAUCCAACACUUCUCUUCGCCAAUGCCGGGAUGAAUCAGUUCAAACCGAUAUUUUUGGGGACGGUGGAUCCCAAUACCGAGUUAAGCAAGCUGAGUCGAGCGUGCAACACCCAGAAAUGUAUUCGUGCAGGUGGCAAGCACAAUGACCUCGAUGAUGUCGGGAAGGACACUUACCACCACACCUUCUUUGAGAUGCUUGGCAAUUGGUCUUUCGGUGAUUACUUCAAGAAUGAAGCCAUUGAAUGGGCUUGGGAGCUUCUCACCAAGGUUUAUAAGCUUCCUAAUGAUCGGUUUUAUGCCACCUAUUUUGGUGGAGAUGAGAAAGCUGGUCUUGCUCCUGAUAAUGAAGCCAGAGAUAUAUGGCUCAAGUAUUUACCUCCAGAACGUGUGCUGCCUUUUGGCUGUAAAGACAAUUUUUGGGAGAUGGGUGAUACUGGUCCAUGCGGGCCAUGCACUGAGAUACAUUAUGACAGAAUUGGUAACCGUGAAGCUGCAUCAUUGGUCAACAAUGAUGAUCCUACAUGCAUCGAGAUAUGGAACCUUGUCUUUAUUCAGUUCAACAGGGAAAGUGAUGGUUCCCUGAAGCCUUUGCCUGCUAAGCAUGUUGAUACUGGGAUGGGAUUCGAAAGGUUGACUUCUAUCCUUCAGGACAAGAUGAGCAACUAUGACACUGAUGUGUUCCUACCCAUCUUUGAUGCUAUCCAACAGGCAACUGGAGCUCUACCAUACAGUGGAAAAGUUGGAUCUGAUGAUGUAGACAAAAUAGACAUGGCAUACAGAGUUGUUGCAGAUCAUAUAAGAACUCUUUCAUUUGCCAUUGCUGAUGGUUCACGUCCAGGCAAUGAGGGUCGGGAAUAUGUACUUAGGCGAAUUCUUCGACGAGCUGUUCGAUAUGGAAGUGAGGUCCUCAAAGCUCAAGAAGGAUUUUUCCAUGGACUUGUAAAUACUGUGGCAAAAGUGAUGGGUGAUGUUUUUCCAGAGCUGAUACAACAUGAAAUGCGCAUUAGGGAAAUAAUUGCUGAAGAGGAAGCAAGUUUUGGCAAGACAUUACUUAAGGGAAUUGAGAAAUUUAAGAAAGCUGCUCAAGAUGUUCAAGGGAAGAUAUUGAAUGGGCAGGAUGCUUUUGUUUUGUGGGACACAUAUGGUUUCCCAUUGGAUUUGACACAGUUGAUGGCAGAGGAAAGGGGCUUACUAGUAGAUGUUGAGGGUUUCAACAAUGCUAUGGAUGAGGCAAGAGAAAGAUCAAGGAGUGCUCAAAAUAAGCAAGGUGGUGGUGCUAUAGUAAUGGAUGCUGAUGCUACUGCAGCAUUGCACCAGAAGGGAAUUCAAGCAACAAAUGAUUUCUUCAAAUUUGAUUGGCCCGAGAGUCAUGAGAGUGUGAUAAAAGCAAUUUACACAGGCUCUGAAUUUGUUGAAAGUGCUGCUGCUGGCAAUGAAGUCGGUAUAGUUUUAGAGUCCACUUGUUUCUAUGCUGAGCAAGGUGGUCAGAUUUUUGAUACUGGAUCUCUUGAAGGCCCCUUUGGCUCAUUUCAAGUUAGUAAUGUUCAAAUAUUUGGAGGUUUUAUUCUCCAUAUUGGUUAUUUAUCUGGAGAGAGUGGUAGAUUCUCUGUGGGUGACAAAGUCAAUUGCAAGGUUGACUAUAACAGACGUAAACUAAUCGCCCCUAACCAUACCUGCACGCAUAUGCUGAACUUUGCACUUCGGGAAGUACUUGGAGAUCAUGUCGAUCAGAAAGGUUCCAUUGUUCUUCCUGAAAAGCUAAGAUUUGAUUUUUCUCAUGGGAAGCCAGUAGAUCCUGACCAUUUGAGAAAAAUUGAGUCCAUUGUGAACGAGCAAAUUAAAGAUGAAUUAGAGGUUUUUGCGAAGGAAGCAAACUUGGGAGAAGCCAUGCGCAUCAAUGGUCUGCGAGCAGUUUUUGGUGAAGUUUACCCUGACCCUGUUAGAGUGGUGACAAUUGGUCGGAAUGUUGACGAACUCUUGGCUGACCCAGACAAUAAGGAGUGGUUAUCAGUUUCAGCAGAACUUUGUGGAGGGACCCAUAUACAAAAUACACGGGAAGCUAAGGCCUUUGCCCUUUUAUCUGAGGAGGGAAUUGCUAAAGGAAUACGAAGAAUAACUGCUGUCACAACUGAUAUUGCUUUUAAUGCAAUGGAAUUGGCAAACUCACUUGAGCAGGAAGUGAAUGAUGCAUCCAAGACAGAAGGAAGCCAGCUAGAAAAGAAAGUUGCCUCCUUGAAAAGUCGUGUUGACUCAGCACCAAUACCAGCGGCAAGGAAAGCUGAUAUCAGGAACAAGAUUUCCCUGCUUCAGACCCAAGUGAGAAAGGCACAAAAGAAGAUUGCUGAAGAGAAUUUACAGCAAGCAAUCAAGCUUACAAAUGAGAUUGCUGAAGCUGCUGUUUCAGAUGGGAAGGCAUUCUGCAUAUCCCAUGUUCAUGUUGGUUUGGAUGUAACUGCAGUUCGUGAAGCUGUCCUGAAAGUUAUAGAGCAGAAGGGGAUAUCUGCUAUGGUAUUCAGCACAGAUGAAAGUACAAAUAAGGCAGUUGUAUGUGCUGGAGUACCAGAUAAAGGAAACAAUAGCAAGCAAUUGGAUGUUUCAGAGUGGUUAACAGCAGCUUUGGGGCCCCUAAAAGGAAGAUGUGGCAAAGGAAAAGGUGGUCUUGCUACUGGCCAGGGAACAGAUGCAUCACAUGUGGAUGAGGCUCUGGCUCUUGCAGAAUCGUUUGCAUCCAUGAAAUUGAGAUGAAGUGCCAUGUUUUGCUGUUUUAGGCCUUACAGAAGUUGAUAUACUCAAAAGUCACUAGAAAAUUGAUUCAGGAACUAAUCUGAUGAGAAAACAUAAUUCAUUUUUAAAUAUUAAUUUGGAUGUACUUUCAUAUUUUAUUAUGUUUCUAAAUAUAAUCAAUUACUUAAA